AACAAAUGCAGCAACAACUAAUCCAGCAACAAAUGCAGCGACAAAUGCGGCAACAACAAAUGCAGUGACAGCAAAUGAAGCGACAACUAAUUCAGCAACAAAUGCAGUUACAAAUGUGGCGACAUCAAAAUCAGCGACAAACGCAGUUACAAAUACGGCGACAACAGAUUCAGCAACAAAUGCAGUGACGAAUGCGGCGACAACUAAUUCAGCAACAAAUGCAGUGACGAAUGCAGCAACAACUAAUUCAGCAACAAAUGCAGCAGCAACAAAUGCAGCAGCAACAAAUGCAGCGACAACAAUUGCAGCAACAACUAAUUCAGCAACAAAUGCAGUUACAAAAGUGACAGCAAAUGAAGCAACAACAAGUGCAGCAACAACAAAUGAAGCAACAACUGAUUCAGCAACAAAUGCAGUUACAAAUGCGGCGACCACAAAUUUGGCAACGAAUGCCGUGACAACAAAUGCAGCAGCAACUAAUUCAGCUACAAAUACAGCAACAAAUGCGGCAACAACAAAUGCAGUGACAGCAAAUGAAGCAACAACUAAUUCAGCAACAAAUGUAGUGACGAAUGCGGCGACAACUAAUUCAGCAACAAAUGCAGUGAUGAAUGCGGCGACAACUAAUUCAGCAACAAAUGUAGUGACGAAUGCGGCGACAACUAAUUCAGCAACAAAUGCAGCGACAACAAAUGCAGCAACAACUAAUUCAGCAACAAAUGCAGCGACGGAUGCGGCAACAACAAAUGCAGUGACAGCAAAUGAAGCAACAACUAAUUCUGCAACAAAUGCAGUUACAAGUGUGGUGACGUCAAAAUCUGCAACAAAUGCAGUUACAAAUACGGCGACAACAGAUUCAGCAACAAAUGCAGUGACGAAUGCGGCGACAACUAAUUCAGCAACAAAUACAGUGACGAAGGCGGCGACAACUAAUUCAGCAACAAAUGCAGCAGCAACAAAUGCAGCGACAACAUUUGCAGCAACAAAUGCAGUGACGAAUGUGGUGACAACAAAUGCAGCAACAAACGCAGCAACAACAAAUGCAGUGACAACAAAUGCAGCAACAACUAAUUCAGCAACAAAUGCAGUUACAAAAGUGACAGCAAAUGAAGCAACAACAAGUGCAGCAACAACAAAUGAAGCAACAACUAAUUCAGCAACAAAUGCAGUUACAAAUACAGUUACAAAUGCAGUUACAAAUGCGGCGACCACAAAUUUGGCAACAAAUGCAGUGACAACAAAUGCAGCAACAACUAAUUCAGCGACAAAUGCAGCGACAGAUGUGGCAACAACAAAUGCAGUAACAGAAAUUGAAGCAACAACUAAUUCUGCAACAAAUGCAGUUACAAGUGUGGCGACGUCAAAAUCAGCAACAAACGCAGUUACAAAUACGGCGGCAACAGAUUCAGCAACAAAUGCAGUGACGAAUGCGGCGACAACUAAUUCAGCAACAAAUGCAGUGACGAAUGCGGCGACAACUAAUUCAGCAACAAAUGUAGUGACGAAUGCGGCGACAACUAAUUCAGCAACAAAUGCAGCAGCAACAAAUGCAGCAGCAACAAAUGUGGCGACAACAAACGCAGCAACAACAAAUGUAGCAACAAAUGCAGCAGCAACUAAUUCAGCAACAAAUGCAGUUACAAAUGCGGCGACUACACAUUUUGCAACGAAUGCCGUGACAACAAAUGCAGCAACAACUAAUUCAGCUACAAAUGCAGCAACAAAUGCGGCAACAACAAAUGCAGUGACAGCAAAUAAGGCAACAACUAAUUCAGCAACAAAUGCAGUUACAAAUGUGGCGACGUCAAAAUCAGCAACAAACGCAGUUACAAAUACGACGACAACAGAUUCAGCAACAAAUGCAGUGACGAAUGCGGCGACAACUAAUGCAGCAACAAAUGCAGCGACAACAAUUGCAGCAACAAAUGCAGUGACGAAUGUGGCGACAACAAAUGCAGCAACAAAGGCAGCAAUAACAAAUGCAGCAACAAAUGCAGUGACAACAAAUGCAGCAACAACUAAUUCAGCAACAAAUGCAGUUACAAAAGUGACAGCAAAUGAAGCAACAACAAGUGCAGCAACAACAAAUGAAGCAACAACUAAUUCAGCAACAAAUGCAGUUACAAAUGCAGUUACAAAUACAGUUACAAAUGCGGCGACCACAAAUUUGGCAACAAAUGCAGUGACAACAAUAGCAGCAACAACUAAUUCAGCAACAAAUGCAGCGACAGAUGCGGCAACAACAAAUGCAGUGACAGCAAUUGAAGCAACAACUAAUUCUGCAACAAAUGCAGUUACAAGUGUGGCGACGUCAAAAUCAGCAACAAACGCAGUUACAAAUACGGCGACAACAGAUUCAGCAACAAAUGCAGUGACGAAUGCGGCGACAACUAAUUCAGCAACAAAUGCAGUGACGAAUGCGGCGACAACUAAUUCAGCAACAAAUGUAGUGACGAAUGCGGCGACAACUAAUUCAGCAACAAAUGUAGUGACGAAUGCGGCGACAAUUAAUUCAGCAACAAAUGCAGCAGCAACAAAUGCAGCAGCAACAAAUGCAGCAGUGACAAAUGCAGUGACAAAUGCGGCAACAACUAAUUCAGCAACAAAUGCAGCAGCAACAAAUGCAGCAGCAACAAAUGCGGCGACAACAAACGCAGCAACAACAAUUUCAGCAACAAAUGCAGUUACAAAAGUGACAACAAAUGAAGCAACAACAAGUGCAGCAACAACAAAUGAAGCAACAACUGAUUCAGCUACAAAUGCAGUUACAAAUGCGGUGACUACAAAUUUUGCAACGAAUGCCAUGACAACAAAUGCAGCAGCAACUAAUUCAGCUACAAAUGCAGCAACAAAUGCGGCAACAACAAAUGCAGUGACAGCAAAUGAAGCAACAACUAAUUCAGCAACAAAUGCAGUUACAAAUGUGGCGACGUCAAAAUCAGGAACAAACGCAGUUACAGAUACGGCGACAACAGAUUCAGCAACAAAUGCAGUGACGAAUGCGGCGACAACUAAUUCAGCAACAAAUGCAGUGACGAAUGCGGCGACAACUAAUUCAGCAACAAAUGUAGCGACGAAUGCGGCGACAAUUAAUUCAGCAACAAAUGCAGCGACAACAAUUGCAGCAACAAAUGCAGUGACAAAUGCGGCAACAACUAAUUCAGCAACAAAUGCAGCAGCAACAAAUGCGGCGACAACAAACGCAGCAACAACAAAUGCAGCAACAAAUGCAGAGACAACAAUUGCAGCAACAACUAAUUCAGCAACAAAUGCAGUUACAAAAGUGACAGCAAAUGAAGCAACAACAAGUGCAGCAACAACAAAUGAAGCAACAACUGAUUCAGCUACAAAUGCAGUUACAAAUGCGGCGACUACAAAUUUUGCAACGAAUGCCGUGACAACAAAUGCAGCAGCAACUAAUUCAGCUACAAAUGCAGCAACAAAUACGGCAACAACAAAUGCAGUGACAGCAAAUGAAGCAACAACUAAUUCAGCAACAAACGCAGUUACAAAUACGGCGACAACUAAUUCAGCAACAAAUGCAGCGACAACAAUUGCAGCAACAAAUGCAGUGACGAAUGUGGCGACAACAAAUGCAGCAACAAACGCAGCAACAACAAAUGCAGCAACAAAUGUAGUGACAACAAAUGCAGCAACAACUAAUUCAGCAACAAAUGCAGUUACAAAAGUGACAGCAAAUGAAGCAACAACAAGUGCAGCAACAACAAAUGAAGCAACUAAUUCAGCAACAAAUGCAGUUACAAAUGCGGCGACCACAAAUUUGGCAACAAAUGCAGCGACAGCAAAUGCAGCAACAACUAAUUCUGCAACAAAUGCGGUUACAAGUGUGGCGACGUCAAAAUCAGCAACAAACACAGUUACAAAUACGGCGACAACAGAUUCAGCAACAAAUGCAGUGACGAAUGCGGCGACAACUAAUUCAGCAACAAAUGCAGCAGCAACAAAUGCAGCAGCAACAAAUGCAGCAACAACAAUUGCAGCAACAAAUGCAGUGACAAACGUGGCGACAACAAAUGCAGCAACAAACGCAUCAACAACAAAUGCAGUGACAACAAAUGCAGCAACAACUAAUUCAGCAACAAAUGCGGUUACAAAAGUGACAGCAAAUGAAGCAACAACAAGUGCAGCAACAAAUGCAGUUACAAAUGUGGUGACAACAAAUUCAGCAAUAAAUGCAGCAACAACUAAUACAGCAAUAAAUGCAGUUUCAAAUGCAGCGACAACAAAUGCAGCAACAAACGCAUUUACAAAUGUAGCGACAAAAGCAGCAACAUCAAAUGCAGCAACAGCUAAUACAGCAACAAAUGCGGUGACAACAAUUGCAGCAACAAAUGCACUGACGAAUGUGGCGACAACAAAAGCAAUAACAACUACAGUAGCAAAACCUGUUAUAACAACAAAGCUAGCAACAACAGAAGCAAUAACAACUACAUUGAUAACACCUGUUGAAAUGACAACACUAGAAACAAAAGAAUCUACAAGAACCGUCGCAAAAACUGAGACAACAAAUGCAGUUACAACAUCUGGUGCAAUAAUAACUUUGGCAAACACAAAAACUGCAACGUCAACGACUGAGAAAAAAACAACGGUGACGACCCUUUCAGAAAAAACAACAGGAGCAACGAUAGAAAAUUCAAUCAUCGUCACCAAAAGAGUAAUUUUCAGGUCUCUUCAAGACACAUUCACAAAUGUCUUACAAGAUCCAACAUCUCCAGCUUUCCAAAAUAGAGCAGGAAUGAUAAAACAACAGCUUGAGCCAAUAUUUCUGGACGCUUUUCCUAUGUCCUUCAAGUCCCUGGAUGUAAUCGCAUUCAGAAAUGGCUCAAUUAUUAAUGAAAUGGAUUCUGUGUUUACAAGCACAUCAACGCCAAGUAACAACGAAAUUUCAAGCGUCUUGUCCAGUGCAGCAUCAAACGUAGUUGGCUUUGACAUUGAAACAAGCUCCAUAAUUGUUGAUUCUACAACAACAGAAGUCACAACAACACCAGCAGAAAUGACAACUACAGCUAAAACACUUGCUGUGACUGAGACAUCAACUGUGGUGGCAACACUUGUUAAAACAACAACGGCAACACCAGAAACAACAGCUGCAGAGACCACACCUAUUGAAACUACAACCAUAGCUGCAACUAAAGCAUCAACUGCAGUGACAACAUCUAUUGCAACACCAGAAAGAAUAACUGCUGUGACAACACCCGCUGAAGGUACAGCCUCAACCAUUGCUCCAACUGAAGCAAGAAUUGCCAUGACAACAGUUGGUGAAUCAACAAUUCUAACAAUAAAACCCACUACAACAACAAAUGCGGUGACGAAUGCAGAAACAACAAAUGCAUCAACAAAUGCAGUGACAGCAAAUGAAGCAACAACAAAUGCAGCGACAGCAAAAGAAGCAAAAACUACUUCAGCAACAAAUGCAGUUACAAAUGUGGCGACGUCAAAAUCAGCAACAAACGCAGUCACAAAUAUGGCGACAACAAAUGUAGUGACAACAAAUGCAGCAACAGAUAAUUCAGCAACAAUUGCAACAACAAAUGCAGUGACAAAUGCAGUGACAAAUGUGGCGACAACAAAUGCAGCAACAAACACAGUAACGAAUACGGCGACAACAAAUGCAGUGACAACAAAUAAAGCGACAACUAAUACAAAAACAAAUGCAGUUACAAAUGCGGCAGCAACAAAUGCAGCAACAACUAAUUCAGUAACAAAUGCAGUGACAACAAAUGCAGCCACAACUAAUUCAGCAACAAAUGCAGCGACAAAUGCGGCGACAACAAAUGCAGCAACAAAUGCAGUGACAGCAAAUGCAGUGACAACAAAUGAAGCAACAACAAAUGCAGCAACAAACGCAGUGACCACAAAUGCGGCAACAACAAAUGCAGCAACAAAUGCAGUGACAGAAAAUGCAGUUACAACAAAUGAAGCGACAACUAAUACAGCAACAAAUGCAGUUACAAAUGCGGCGGCAACAAACGCAGCAACAACUAAUUCAGUAACAAAUGCAGUGACAAAUGCAGCAACAACUAAUUCAGCAACAAAUGCAGCGAUAAAUGCGGCAACAACAAAUGCAGCAACAAAUGUCGUGGCAACAAAUGAAGCGACAACAAAUGAUGCAACAACAAAUGCAGCGACAACAAAUGCAAGAACAACAAAUGCAGCAACAACUAAUUCAGCAACAAAUGCAGCGACAAAUGCGGCAACAACGAAUGCAGCAACAAACGCAGUUACAAAUGCGGGGACAACAAAUGCAGCAACAACUAAUUCAGCAACUAAUGCAGUGACAAAUGCAGCAACAACAUCUGCAGUGACAGCAAAUGAAGCAACAACUAAUGCAGCAACAACUAAUGCCGCAACAACAAAUGCAGCAACAACAAAUGCAGCGACAAAUGCGGCAACAACAAAUGCAGCAACAAAUGUCGUGGCAACAAAUGAUGUGACAACAAAUGCAGCGACAACAAAUUCAGCAACAAAUGCAAUGACAACAAAUGCAGCAACAACUAAUUCAGCGACAAAUGCAGAGACAAAUGCGGCAACAACGAAUGCAGCAACAAACGCAGUUACAAAUGCGGGGACAACAAAUGCGGGGACAACAAAUGCAGUAACAAAUGCUGUGACAACAAAUGCAGCAACAACUAAUUCAGCAACAAAUGCAGCGACAAAUGCAGCAACAACAUCUGCAGUGACAGCAAAUGAAGCAACAACUAUUGCAGCAACAACAAAUGCAGCGACAAAUGCGGCAACAACAAAUGCAGCAACAAAUGUCGUGGCAACAAAUGAUGUGACAACAAAUGCAGCGACAACAAAUUCAGCAACAAAUGCAAUGACAACAAAUGCAGUUACAAAUGCGGCGACAACAGAUGCAGCAACAAUCGCAGUGACAACAAUUGCAGCAACAAAUGCAGUAACAAAUGCAGCAACAACAAAUGCAGCAACAACCAAUUUAGCAACAAAUGCAGCGACAACAAAUGCAGCAACAACUAAUUCAGCAACAAAUGCGGCAACAACGAAUGCAGCAACAAACGCAGUUACAAAUGCGGGGACAACAAAUGCAGCAACAAAUGCAGUAACAAAUGCCGCGACAACAAAUGCCGCAACAACUAAUUCAGCAACAAAUGCAGCAGCAACUAAUUCAGCAACAACAUCUGCAGUGACAGCAAAUGAAGCAACAACUAAUGCAGCAACAACAAAUGCAGUUACAAAUGCGGCGACAACAGAUGCAGUUACAAAUGCGGCGACAACAGAUGCAGCAACAAACGCGGUGACAACAAUUGCAGCAACAAAUGUUGUAACGAAAGCAGCAACAACAAAUGCAGCAACAACCAAUUUAGCAACCAAUGCAGCAACAAAUGCAAUGACAACAAAUGAAGCAACAACUAAUUCACCAACAAAUGGAGUUACAAAUGUGGCAACAACAAAUGCAGCAACUACUAAUUCAGCAACAAAUGCAGCUACAACAUCUGCAGUGACAGCAAAUGAAGCAACAACUAAUGCAGCAACAACAAAUGCAGCGACAAAUGCGGCAACAACAAAUGUCGUGGCAACAAAUGAAGCGACAACAAAUUCAGCAACAAAUGCAAUGACAACAAAUGCAGCAACAACUAAUUCAGCAACAAAUGCGGCAACAACGAAUGCAGCAACAAACGCAGUUACAAAUGUGGGGACAACAAAUGCAGUAACAAAUGCGGUGACAACAAAUGCAGCAACACUUAAUUCAGCAACAAAUGCAGUGACAACAAAUGCAGCAACAACUAAUUCAGCAACAAAUGCAGCGACAAAUGCAGCAACAACAUCUGCAGUGACAGCAAAUGAAGCAACAACUAUUGCAGCAACAACAAAUGCAGCGACAAAUGCGGCAACAACAAAUGCAGCAACAAAUGUCGUGGCAACAAAUGAUGUGACAACAAAUGCAGCGACAACAAAUUCAGCAACAAAUGCAAUGACAACAAAUGCAGUUACAAAUGCGGCGACAACAGAUGCAUCAACAAUCGCAGUGACAACAAUUGCAGCAACAAAUGCAAACGACGACAACGGUUGUUCCGGCUACACCAGCAGUGACAAGAAAACCAACAACAGUGCUGAGAACGACACAAAUCGGAACCACCGCCCUAAGUGCAACUGUCAUAACAAGAAGAGUAACGUUCCGAUCGCUUCAGAGCACUUUUAG